GAGCCGGACAAGUGCGCUGCUUCGCCCACCUCGGGCGAACCGAACGGCCACGACAGCGGCACUGAAGAGUUCACCUACGAGUCGGCCAUCCAGGGCUACAUGAAGUUCGCCGAGAAGACGGCGGCCACGGCCCGCCUGCCGCCGCCCGAGACGCCCUCGCCGUCCCUGUCGCCCGUCGACUCGUCUCGGCGCCGCGAGCCCAGUCCGCGCGCCGCUUCACCCAUGGAGAAGUCCGAGGUGCGCCCGGCCUCGUACACACCGGCCGCGCCGGCUGCUGCGCCCGUGAAGACGGGACGCCCGUCGGUGGUGCUGCGAGAGAAGAAGGCCAAGGUGGACGUGCUGAAGCGUCGCUCGAUGUUCGAGCAGCGCAGCGGCAGCGAGGAGCGCUCGCCGCUCGCGCAGCGCCGCCAGCAGCGCAAGUCGAUGGAUCUGAGUGACGGCCUGCGCCACCGGAUCGCCUCUCUGGAGACAGUGAGCGGCGCCGGCGGCGACGAGGCGCGCUGGCGGCCGCAGGGCGGCAAGGGCGACCAGUUCCGACAGAAGCUGGCCAUGUUCAACACUGGAGAACAGUCGCGAGGCCACGGCCGACCGGCGCGGCCCGGUCGAGAUCCCGCCAUGCCGCCCGUACUAACCGAGAGAGCCGCCCGGCGGCCGCCGAGGUGGAGGAUGAUGGAGCGCCCAGCCACCGUCCGUCGGCCCGUCCACACAGCCAACAUGUACCGGCUGUUCGACCAGGCUGCGCCCGCCGCCGGCCCCGAGACCAGUGCGAGCAAACCGGCCGGCUGGGCGCCCGUGGCCGCCGUGGGCUCCGCUCCGGCGCCCUACUCGGCUCCCGCGGCGGCGCCCGCUCCGGUGGCGGCUCCGGCUCCGGCCACACGCAGCGCCAUGUCUGAGCCAGCUCCGGCUCCGGCCCCGGCUCCGGCUCCGGGCCCGGCGGCUGAGGAGGAGCCGGCCCAGGAGGCCCCUCCGGCGAAGGAGCAGGAGUCGGCGGUUCCGUCGUGGGAGGAUCCGGCGACAGCCGUGGACGAGAUGGAGGCCCAGAUCCUCCGUCAACUGGAGGAGAGCGAGCGGUCCCAGAUGGUCGCUGAUGUGCCGGUGGUGCUCGACUUUCCGCUGCAGCCGUCCGCGGCGGCCCCGCCCAGUGAGAAGCCUCCGCCGCCGCCACCAGAGGACGACGACGAGCCCGUGGAGAUUCGACCGGUCAAGUCGACGAGCUCCGUGAAGAAGGACCUGUACCGCCGCCGCUCCGACUUCCUUGGCAUCCAGGGCAGCGCCGAACAAGAGCCGGUGCCGACGGUGGCCCGGCCGCCCGACAUGGAGUCGCUGCUGCGCCAGGAGCGCGCCGCCCAGCAGGAGCAGGAGCGCCGCCGGCAGGCGCAGGAGACGGCGCGCCGGCGCGAGCAGGCGCGCCAGGAGUCGCUGCGCCAGGCCGAGGAGGAGGCUGAGACCCGUGCAGAGGAGUUCCGCCGCCGCGCUCAGCAGGAGAAGGAGCAGCGCGCGCAGGAGCGCCGCGCCCUGGAGCUGCAGCAGGAGCAGGAGCGGCUCCAGGAGCAGGAGCGACAGCGGCAGCAGCAGGAGCAUGAGCGACUGGCCGAGCAGCAGCGGCAGAAACAGGAACAGGAGCGGCAGCAGGAGCAGGAGCGUCUGCAGAAGGAGCAGGAGCGGCUGCAGCAGGAGCGGCGCGCCCAGGAGGAGCGGGAGCAGGAGUGGCGGCGGCGGAGCGCUCCGGCUCCUGCUCCGGCUCAGGAGCGGUGGGCGCAGGAGUCGCUGUCCGACCAGGAGCGCGAGUGGCGCCGCCGCAAGGAGCGCCUCUCCGAGGAGGAGGUGGACCGUCAGGAGCGCGAGAUAAUGGAGAGCCUGGAGAAGGAGGAGAACUGGAGGCACAGCCAAGAUGAGAUACCGUGA